GGAUGACAAGUGCACUUUCCAGAUCCACUUUCCAUUUUCGGAAACAAUUAUUACCACCACGAACUCGUGGACGCAGUCAAUCUAGGGCACGUGAUCGUGAUGGUGCUGUUCAUCAAGUGGUGAGAGAAACAAGCAGUAUGGUUUAUUCUAUCCUGACUCGUACGAACUAUGCUGAGUGGUCCUUGGUGAUGAGGGUCAACCUGCAAGCACAAGGGCUGUGGUGAGCGGUUGAAGAUGAAAAUGUCAAUUAUCGGGAGGAUAGGCAAGCCUUGUCUGCAAUCUUACGGGCAGUACCACCCGAAAUGCUCUCAACAUUAGCUGUGAAGGACACUGCAAAGCAAGCAUGGGAUACGAUUAAAACACAACGAAUGGGAGUUGAUCGUGUUCGGGAAGCCAACGCACAGAGGCUUCAAAUGGAAUUUGAAUCAAUCAGGUUCAAGGAUGGUGAAACCGUUGAUGAUUUCUCCAUGAGGAUCACCAGUCUCGUGAACAACAUGCAAGUUCCCGGGGACACGGUGGAAGAGAAACGGGUUGUGAAGAAAUUCCUACGUGUAGUACCACCACGGUACACACAGGUAGCAAUUGCGAUUGAAACGUUGCUUGAUCUAAGCACUCUGUCAAGUGAUGAACUUGCUGGAAGAUUACGAUCGGCAGAGGAGUGUUAUGGGAUUGGUGAGCCAGACAUCAACCCGGGUGCUCAACUCCUUCUUACGGAAGAGGAAUGGCGAGCACGAGAAAGGGAACGUGAGAAUACUGGAUGGUCAUCAAGUAGUGGAAAUCCAAAAGGUUACAUUCGUGGGAACGGUCGUGACAAAGGCUUUGGAAAAGGGAAGUGUUAUUAUUGUGGAAUUUCAGGUCAUUUUGCUAGAGAAUGUCGAAAACCACGACGGGAAUGGAAGCAGGAGGCACAUUUAAGCAUGUUUGAAGAUGAUCAGCCUGCUUUACUCAUGGCAUCAACAACAAACAUCUGUAGUCCAGCUCAUACACAAACCUCAGGUGACUCUCAUUAUGUGUACUUGAGUGAGGAGCAUGUCCAUCCAGUUUAUACAGGGAAGGAUGUAUGGUACUUUGACACUGGAGCUAGUAACCAUAUGUCAGGAUGUCGUGAAAUUUUCAUGAUGCUAGACGAAGGAGUAAAAGGCUCAGUCAAGUUAGGUGAUGGCUCGGUGGUAGAAAUCUGGGGCUGCGGGUCUGAAAUGUUUUUGUGUAAAACCAAAGAACACAAGGUGCUUACCGAAGUAUAUUUCAUGCCGAGAUUGCGCAGUAACAUCAUUAGUAUUGGGCAACUUGAUGAGAAUGAAUGCAAAACAGUGAUUGAAAAUUGUACAUUGUGUCUGUUUGAUCUGAAAAGGGUUCUAUUAGCACAAGUGCCUCGAGCCAAGAACAGGUUGUAUACUGUGACUUUAGAGUUAGUUUCUCCAGUAUGUUUAUUAUCCAAAUUAAAUGAUAUUGCAUGGUUAUGGCGUGCUCGUUAUAGUCAUUUGAACUUCCGUUCCUUACGAUGUCUGGCACAAGAAAGUUUAGUGGAGGGGAUCCCACUGAUUGAUCAUAUUGAUCAAUUCUGUGAUAGUUGUGCACUUGGAAAACAACACCGAAGUUCAUUUCCACAAGCAUCAACCUACCGCGCAAGUAGUGGCCAAGAGCUUGUUCACGUUGAUUUAUGCGGUCCUAUUGCACCAGUCACACCCGGAGGUAAUCACUACUUUUUACUUAUAGUUGAUGACUAUAGUAGAUAUAUGUGGUUAGAAAUGUUAAAGACAAAGGAUGAGGCUUUUAAGCAUUUCAAGAAGUUUAAGACACGAGCUGAAGUAGAAUCUCAAGGGAGACUUAUGGCAUUUCGAUCAGAUCGUGGUGGUGAGUUCAACUCUAAUGAGUUUAGAGAAUUCUGUGAUGAACAUGGGAUCAAGCAUUGCACCACUGCUCCUUACUCUCCACAGCAAAAUGGAGUCGUUGAGCGUCGUAAUCAAACAAUACUUGAAAUGGCAAGGUGUGUGCUGAAAGGGAUGGGAAUGCCAACUAUGUUUUGGGGAGAGGCAGUGAAGACGGCGGUGUAUAUCCUGAAUCGAUCACCAACAUGAUGCCUAGAAGGAAAAACACCUUAUGAGGCGUGGUUCCAUAGAAAACCAAAGGUGCAUCAUUUCAGAACCUUUGGCUGCCUUGCUCAUGUGAAAAGGAUUGGACCUAGUGUGACAAAACUGGUGGAUCGAUCAACACCAAUGGUCUUCAUUGGUUACGAAGAAGGCUCUAAAGCAUACCGGGCGUAUGAUCCAACGGCAGAGACUCUUCAUGUAACCUGAGAUGUGUUAUUUGAAGAGAACAAGGGAUGGAAUUGGUUAAUGGAGGAACAAGAUCAACCUGUGAGGAGUUUUACAGUUGAAGUCUUGAAUGAUCAUGUGCAAGGCCCAAAUCCCACAAAACCUAACACAACACCUUUGUCUGUACAUACUGGAAACCGAAAUGGAACCACACCAGAGUCAGAGGAGCGUGAACCUAGGUACCGCACUAUUACUGAACUUUAUGAAGCAACUGAGGAACUUCAUCCAAGCUUGAGUGGACUGUGUUUACUUGCUGCUGAUGAAACUAUGAAUCUGGAAGAGGCACUCAAAGAAAAAUGUUGGAGGCAAGCUAUAGAGGAGGAAUUGUCUUCCAUUCAAAAGAAUGAAACAUAGGAAUUUACUACUCUUCCAGCAGGGUGUAAGGCUAUAGGCCUAAAGUGGGUGUUUAAAGUAAAAAAGGAUCCAGCAGGAAAUAUUGUGAAACAUAAAGCUCGCUUGGUCGCAAAAGGGUACGUUCAAAGACAAAGUGUUGACUUUGAUGAAGCUUUUGCACCUGUGGCUAGAAUGGAAACGAUACGUCUUUUAUUAGCUCUUUCUGCUCAUAAUGCUUGGAAAAUACAUCAUAUGGAUGUUAAGUCAGCUUUCCUGAAUGGAGAUCUUGAAGAAAAUGUGUUUGUUCAUCAGCCACCUGGUUUCAUUGAUGAUCGUAAUGAGGAGAAGGUACUGAAGCUGUGAAAGGCUUUGUAUGGUUUGCGACAAGCACCGCGAGCUUGGAACACCAAGUUAGACUCCUCACUUGUUUCUCUCGAUUUUAAAAGAAGUUCACAUGAACAUGCUGUGUAUCGGAGAUCAAAUGGUUCUACUUGCUUGUUGGUGGGAGUAUACGUGGAUGAUCUAAUCAUCACCGGGAGCUCUGACAGUAACAUUGCAGCAUUCAAGAAUGAAAUGAAGAGGUUGUUUGAUAUGAGUGACCUUGGUUUAUUAAGUUACUAUCUUGGCAUUGAAGUAAGGCAAAGAAACGGGGAGAUCACCAUCUGUCAAAGUGUUUAUGCUGAAAGAAUUCUUUCCAUGUCGGGCAUGACUGAGUGUAAUCCAUGCCACACACCAAUGGAAAGUCGUUUGAGAUUGAGCAAGAACGGUGCUGGAAACAUUGUGAACGCAAUGCAAUAUCGGAGUUUGGUUGGGAGCCUUAGUUAUCUUUGUAACUCAAGGCCUGAUAUUCUCUUCUCAGUCGGGCUGCUGAGCAGGUUCAUGGAAGCCCCAAAAGCCUCACAUUGGGCAGCUUUGUAGAGGAUCCUGCGAUACAUUAGAGGAACAACUGGGUAUGGUUUCUGUUACAAGAAAAUAAAUCGAUCUGAGCCUAUUUUAAUCGGUUAUAGUGAUAGUGAUCAUGGAGGUGAUGUUGAUGAUUGCAAGAGUACUACAGGAGUUGCAUUCUUCCUUGGAUCAAGUCUGAUUUCCUGGUUAUCUCAAAAGCAAAAGGUAGUUGCUCUUUCAUCUUGUGAGGCAGAAUAUAUGGCCAGUGCUACUGCAGCUUGCCAAGGAGUUUGGCUAAGUCGUUUGUAUGGUGAACUAACGAAUUCUGAGCGUAAGAAGGUGCAGCUAUUGGUGGACAACAAAUCAGUCAUUGAGUUAAGCAAGAAUCCAGUGCAUCAUGAUCGAAGCAAGCAUAUUGAUAUCCUUUUUCACUUUAUUCGUGAAUCCAGUGCAUCAUGAUCGGAGUAAGCAUAUUCAAAAUGGUUCAGUGGAAGUUAAUCACAUUGGAACAAAUAAUCAAUUGGCUGAUAUUCUGACUAAGUCACUUGGAAGAAUCAGGUUUCUUGAAUUAAGAGCUAAGCUUGGAGUAAUUAAAUUUAUUCCAGAUAACUAGAUUAAGGGGGGGAUUGCUGAGUAAUCUAGUUGGCUGCUGGCGUGGAUUAUGCAGAGAGUUGCUGAUAUUUAUUUAUUUUUUUUGGUAUUUUAAUUUCAGUUUGUAAAUAAGAGACUUGGUCUCAAUUUGUUACUCUGUUUCUAGAAAUAUGCAGUAGUGGUUUGUUCCUAGAAAUACGCAGUAGUGGUCUAGUGGAUAGGAGUAUUACGUUGCUAUUGUUCAGUUAUUUAUAUGCUUAAUGAAACAUCAGAAAAAGCUGUGAGUUUGCAGCACAAAC